AUGGCGCCCGCGCAACCUGAGCUCAAAAAGUACCUCGACAAGAGACUGUUCGUUCAGUUGAACGGCAGCCGAAAGGUCAUUGGCGUUCUUCGCGGUUAUGAUGUCUUUCUUAACAUCGUUCUCGACGAGGCGGUGGAGGAGAAGGACAACGGUGAGAAGGUCAGAAUCGGCAUGGUUGUCAUCCGCGGCAACUCAGUGGUGAUGCUCGAAGCGUUGGAACGAAUCGGCGGGGACGACCGACGAGCAGAACGAUAA